CGCGUGACCAGGGCGCUACGUCGUUCCGCUCGCAGGCUGAUGUGUCAAAGCUUGCUAAGCCUGGACCUCAGAUCCCGGGGGAAGUCGAUGCUCCACGGCCACAGCGCGGUGCAACCGGCCAAACGCCAUGGAUAACUCGGGAAAGGAGAAGGAGGCGCUGGCCCUCAUGGCCGAAGCGGAGAAGAAGCUGAAGUCUUCGCAGUCGUUUUUCGGGACGCUGUUCGGGGGCUCGUCGAAGGUGGAGGAGGCUUGUGACAUGUACGCCAGGGCUGCAAACAUGUUCAAGAUGGCGAAAAACUGGAGUGGGGCCGGCAAUGCCUUCUCCCAGGCUGCACGACUUCACCUGCAGAUGCAGAGCAAACACGACGCAGCCACCAACUUUGUCGAUGCUGGCAACGCAUUUAAAAAAGCUGACCCGCAAGAGGCUAUCAACUGUCUGAACCGGGCAAUUGAAAUUUACACAGACAUGGGUCGUUUCACCAUUGCAGCGAAACAUCAUAUUUCCAUAGCUGAAAUCUAUGAGACUGAGUCAAUGGACAUUGAUAAGGCAAUCGCUCAUUACGAGCAGGCGGCCGACUACUACAAAGGUGAAGAGUCAACCAGCUCUGCCAACAAGUGUCUUCUCAAAGUAGCUACCUAUGCUGCUCAGCUGGAGCAGUAUCAGAAAGCUAUUGAAAUCUACGAGCAGGUUGGUACCUAUGCGAUGGACAGCACCCUGCUGAAGUACAGUGCGAAAGACCAUUUCUUCAAGGCGGCACUCUGUCACUUUUGUGUGGACAUGCUGAACGCUAAGCUGGCUCUGCAGAAGUAUGAGGAAAUGUUCCCAGCCUUCUCAGAUUCCCGAGAGUGUAAGCUGGUGAAGAAACUCCUUGAUGCUUAUGAAGAACAGAAUAUUGAUGCCUACACUGACUCUGUAAAAGAAUUUGAUUCCAUCUCUCGGCUGGAUCAGUGGCUUACCACCAUGCUUCUCAGAAUCAAAAAGACCAUACAGAACGAAGAGAGUGACCUACGUUAGCAGCUCGCCUUCCUUUCUCUGUCACACAGUCCUUCCCUACACACUGCUACAACCCCCCCUGUCUUCCAUCUUUUGUAUUUUUCUGAUAUUUUUCCCUCCGCUAUACUCUUACAGAUUAUUGUCUUCAUACAUGCUAGUAUCUCACAGAUUUACAUGCCUCUCUUUGCUUUUCUUCUCUCCACAACUGUGCUCAGCAAUAACAAAUCGCAAACUCCUUUCUGGGUCGUUAAGAUGAUGAAGCCCAGGUUCAUAUACCAAGUUACUUUAAGUAUAAGUAUAAUUCACUGUUAUUUUAUGAUUAUUUAAACAGUUGAACUUUAAACUCCGAAUGGUAACAGCAACAAAAAUAAUUUUAAGAAUAAAUAAUAGCAUGAAAUAGAAUGCUAAAUGGGGAAAAAAGCAUUUUCAAAAUAAAACCAGUUAUCUCAAUGACA